GUAUUUGUCUAGUAAUUUUUAACGUGUUGCCUCCUGCAUUUUUGCAUCAUUUCUUUAUACACGUAUGCAUUUGUUCCGGUGUUUGUUUAGACUAUAUAAAUUCGGUGCUACAAGUGGUUUUUAGGAGAAGAAAACAUGGAUCAACAAAUGAUUAGAAUGGUUCCUAUAGGAAUAAACGUUGUCAUGUCUAUUUUCACGUUCUUUUUGACAGCUCGAUUGAUUCCUAGUCUCAAAGAGACGUUCAUAACAGCUAACCUUUGCGGACAAGACAUGAGUAAAAGAGAUCGCGAGAAAAAAAUUCCAGAAGCCUUGGGUGUUGUUUGUGGGUGCACUUUUUUGAUUACUAUGUUUCUAUUCAUCCCAGUGCCAUUCAGUGAUCAUAUUUUGAAAAAUGCAGAGUUUCCACAUAACGAAUUUGUAGAGCUGCUGGCAGCUUUGCUUUCCAUAUGCUGCAUGGUAUUGCUAGGAUUCGCAGACGAUGUUCUAGAUUUAAGAUGGAGACACAAAUUAUUGCUGCCAACAGUGGCUAGUUUACCUCUGCUGAUGGUAUACUACGUCAACUUCAACUCAACCACGAUAAUAGUGCCAAAGCCUCUGAGGUAUCUCCUUGGAUUCUCUGUCAAUCUGGGAAUUCUGUACUAUGUUUACAUGGGAAUGCUGGCUGUUUUUUGCACAAAUGCCAUAAAUAUAUUAGCUGGAGUCAAUGGUUUAGAAGUUGGACAGAGUUUAGUCAUUGCAUCCAGUAUCCUGGUCUUCAAUGUGGUAGAAUUGUUUGGUAACAUGUGGAAAGCUCACCUGUUCUCUAUCUACUUCAUGGUUCCCUACAUAGCGACAUCAUUGGCUCUUCUCAAGCACAACUGGUACCCGUCACGAGUCUUCGUGGGAGACACGUUUUGUUACUUCUCAGGAAUGACGUUUGCAGUAGUCGGCAUAAUUGGCCACUUCAGCAAAACCACGCUGCUCUUCUUUAUUCCCCAAAUACUCAAUUUCCUGUACAGCGUGCCCCAGCUGUUCAAGCUGGUGCCCUGUCCCAGGCAUCGGUUGCCGAGGUAUAAUCCAAAAACCGAUAAAUUAAAUCCGAGUGUGACGAUUUUCAAGAAAAGCGAGUUGAAUAUUUUGGCGAGGCUCGUCAUGUGGAUAUUUCGAACUUUCAAAGUUGUCGACUGGCAGGAGGAUAGUGAAGGCAUGGUCACGUGCAAUAAUUUGACGAUUAUAAAUUUCGUGCUGAUUAAGCUUGGUCCCUUGAGAGAGCCAACUUUGACUACGAUACUGCUGGUUAUCCAGAUUGCAGGCACUUUAUUAGCCUUUGUGAUAAGAUACCCGUUGGCGUCCGUCUUUUACGAUGUUUGAGAAAGCGUCCGAGACGAAUUUUACGAAUGUAUGUACAUUCUCUCUCUGGAAUGUAUGUGCUCAGGUCGACUGAUGAGAAGCCAACGAAUUCUCGUUCUUCUAAGUUCCUUGACACUGCCGUGUGAAACACAAGAGUAUAGUCGACGAUGAUUCCAAAGAAUGGGGAGUGAUAUUUAAGAAUAACUAAAAGUAACUUUAUAUAGAGACUAGCGCUAGAAAUAUAUAUAUAUAUAUAUAUAUUUCUUACAAACGUUGAACCUUUUUUAAACACAUCUGUACAGAGCACCACGAUGGUGCAUUAUAAAUAAAAAUAUUAAGUUUUUGUAAAGUGAAUCAUAUACAUAAUUAAGCAUCAUAUUGUCGAUAAUAUAAGAUUAAAAUUUAUACUUAUAUGUAGGAGAAAAAAAAUCGUGAUUAAAAAUCCUAUAUAUAUAUAUAUAUGUGUGUGUGUGUGUGUGUGUGUGUGUGUGUGUGUAAAUGGUUUGUUAUAGCCUUAAUCUGAUAAAUAAACCAUACAAAACUCGAAUUUCACUUAAGGAAUAUACUACAAUUAUAUAACAUUGUAUUUUAAUAUACACCGCUUGCAGCACUCGACAAUUCAACAAGAACAUGACGGAUCGUGUUGUGAAAAAUACAUAUACGUAAUUUCAACUUCGCGUAGUACUAGUUUCCUCUUCGACGACUAGUUCAAUGAUAUCGGUAACAUUGUCAUUU